AUGGGAGGUUUGAUGUUUGAUAUGAUUGAAAACCCGACGGAAUCUGCUAGGCCCAUCUCAACCAUGAUCAGAUGUCCCAUAUGCCAGAAACAUGUUGCCCUGUCCAACGUCAACGAACACCUCGAUUCUGGCUGUCGAACAUUCAUCGCAACUCACCUACUGAGUCCAGCAUCUUCGACUCCCAUUGAGAAUGACUGCGAGCAAUAUGAGAGUUGCAUCAUCCCUCAAGAAACAACGGAACAACAUCAGUUGAAAGAUGGCUAUAAUUCAACAGUCCCGCUGUCAACAGAGUUAAAAAGAGCCGUCCCUCAACAGGAGUCCAACACCGCGCGGAAGAAGCCAGAUACUGGAUCAACAUCGACUGAGCUUGCAACAGAGCGUCUGAAUGUUCGUGUUGUACCUUUAGCUGAGCAUGUCCGGCCGCGGUGCUUCGAUGAUAUCGUAGGUCAAGAAUCCUUGAUCGGGCCAAAUGGUACACUCAGGCAGUUGAUUGAGCAAGAUGAUCUUCCCAAUCUGAUUCUGUGGGGUCCCCCAGGAAGCGGCAAAACUACAAUUGCCAGGAUCAUCGCUCCUAUGAUGAGGAGAAACUUCUACGAGAUCAGUAGCUUGACUACGACGACGACAGAGUACCAAAGCAUCGUCACAAAGGCUACACAGGAUGUACAAGAGGGUCGGAAGUCAUCAAUUGUGUUUUGUGACGAGAUACAUCGAAUCACGCGUCCACAACAGGAUAUAUUUCUCGAUGCCGUUCGAAGAAAUAGGAUCACUCUCAUUGGCGCGACGACAGAGAAUCCGUCAUUAAAUAUUCGCCAUGCUCUUGUCUAUAAAUGUAGGAUUUUCACGGUCACGAAGCCAACCACCAAUGAUAUAGCGGCUAUCCUUCGUCGUUCGGUGGAAUCACAGACUCUGAAGUCAUCCCCGCUUCUGGAUGAUGCAUUCAUUCAAUACAUAGCCAGCUUCUCUGAUGGUGACAGUAGAAUCGCACUGAACAUCGUGGAGAUAGCUGCGGAUCUAUGCAGGCGACCGAACAUGACUAAGGAGAAGUUGAAGCAUUCAUUGACCAAGAGUUUUCUCUACGACCGUUCGGGUGACCAGCAUUAUGAUACCAUUUCAGCAUUUCACAAGUCAAUUCGAGGCAGUGAUCCAGAUGCUGCGCUAUACUACCUUGUCCGAAUGCUCCAGUCCGGCGAGAACCCCUUAUUUAUCGCUCGCCGUCUUAUAGUGGCGACGUCGGAGGACAUUGGACUUGCCAAUAAUGCCUUACAAACAUAUGCAACCUCGGUCUACCUGAUGAUUGAGAAACUAGGGGUCGAAGACACACAGUCUGCUCUGGCUCAGCUGGUUAUAACAAUGUGUUUGUCAAAGAAAAGCACUCGAUCCUACCGUGGCCUGAAUAAUGCUCUUGCUGCAUUGAAAGAGCCUGGGAUGGGUAACAUAGCAGUUCCCUUCCACCUCUUGGAUCGUAGGCCUGAGCUUCUGAGAGAGGUUGCCCGGGCCAUGACCACUGACUCCAAACAAAUCCAAGAGAGCCUUCCAUCCAGUCAGGGCUUUCUUCCAGAUCCUCUUAAAGGACGAAAGUUCAUGGAAGAUACUGAUUUUCUAUUUCAACGAGAUCCCGAUCUAAACUCAGCGGUCCAUCCGGCGGGUCGAUCGGUCCAGACUUCGGCGCCUGGAACAGCCAACGAGGCGGAUGCCCUAGUCCCGCCCGAUGCAUCCGCUACUGUACACACUAGGGACAGAGCUUGGGUUGACAGCCACCUGUCGAACCUCACGGCAGAGAUUGUCUUGAACAUUCUUAAUGCAUUCACCAACAAGCACCCCGAGCUCGCCAUCCUCAACCACUCCGCGUUCAUCAAAGACUGUCAAUCACCUAUUCGAGCGGAAACAAAAACCCUUCUUUCUGCAGUCUUGGCGCUGUCCAGGUCCCACCUGUCCCUGCUGAAUCUUCCCUGGGUACACUCCUUGCUGCCCGGGGAGCAUUAUGCUGCUUACGCUCGAGAAAUGCUAGCGGACAAAUCUUUCCAGUCCCCAAACACCCACAUUUCCCAGGCCCUUCUCGUGAUGGCCCUAUACGAGUGGGGGUCGCGAGAGUUCCAUCGAGCAUGGAUCUACAUUGGCACGGCUUUGAACAGCCACCGGAUCGCCCCUUAUCCUCUAGAGCCCUCCCCGCCCGCUGAGCGGGACGCCGUAUCUGUCGCCGUCGAGAACAGGACCUUCUGGGCGUGCUUCAUCAUGGAGAGAAUGAUCAGCUCUGGAGCCUAUAGCCCGCCAAUGCUGCCCAUGUCGGAAAUGGCAAACCUGGGGGGUUACACGUCCAUUGAGCGCUGUCGAGUGGGUGGCAUCGGCCAAGAGUUUACGCGACGCUGCGAAGGGACGGCACCACUGGACAUCACAAGGUCGUUUGAGGUUCUGGUCACCGGGUUUGACAUAUGGACCGACGUAAUGGCCUUUGUGUUGAACGAUGGGAGGCGCGCUCCGGGAAUGUGCACAGCGAACAAGUGUCCCUGGGUGCCAGAGUCCACGUGGGGGAAGACAAGACAGCGUUUGGAAACGUGGAGAGCCAACCAACACCAUCGGCUGCGUUAUCCGGAGAACACAGUGGUGGCUCACAAGACCCUGGGAUUUGGCGAGUCGUUCACGUACCUGAAUCUCCUUUACUACCUUUCUACCCUCAUGCUCCACCGCGAAUACUUUCCGUUUCUGCCGACUGCCGUCUCCGUACCCAGAGGCCCAGUCGACCAACCGACCCUUGAGGCUGAAGCUCCUGAAGGCUGGUGGGACACAAGUGCCCUCGAGCUCUUCGGGGCCGCCGAGCAGAUUGCCAACCUGCUGCACGAUGCGUCCCAGUGCGGCGCCAACAUGCUGACUCCGUUCAUCGGCUUCUAUGCCUUUUCUGCAGCCUACAUGAAUCUCUAUAUCUACCGCUUCCCGCACAUGAACCUGAAUCGCAGCCUGCAGGCUUCAACGAGCCUCGAAUACUGCCGUGCAUACCUCGAAGACUUUCGACAUGUUUGGAAGUUGGGUGAAAGCUGGAUGACUACGAUCAACCACGCCUCGAUCUUAUAUCAGCGCGCGGCGUCCGAUAAGUCUCGUUACCAGGGGAAGUCGCGCGAGGACUUCAAUGUCCUGCACCAGUCGAUCCAUGAAUUCCGAGUCGUAGACCGGUCAGACCAGCACAUUCGGGAGAUCGAGGGGGCUGAUGUAGAUUUCGCUUCCCCGAGCAACACAACACCUGCAGCGAAUGUGGAGCCCGAUCUGGAUCUCGACGGGCCCCUUAGCAAUCUCCUGAACGAGGCCAGCACAAAUGCCUAUGAGCAAGGGAUGUGGUCGCACUGGUGGCCGUCGUUGGACGAAAUCAACUUGCCCAGCUUUCGGGAUGCAGAGGCAUAA